AUGGAAUGGAAUAAUUUCAGAGACUUCAGAAACUUUGUGCAUGUUGGAAAGGAGAUCCAGGCUGUGUGUGAUCAUCAGAGAAGGUUUAAAGAUUUAUUUGUAGGGUAUCCAGGAUCAGUUCAUGACAGUCGAGUUUUUCGGACUUCUCCUCUAAGUCAGACAUUAGAACAAAAAUGUGGGACCUAUUUUAUACUGGGAGACAGUGGAUACCCUCUUCAAAAAAAUCUGCUAACACCCUACAAAGAUCGAGGGACUCUAACUCAACAACAGAUAAAUUACAAUAUAAAGUUAUCUAAAAAUAGAUGCAUUAUUGAACAUUCUUUUGGUAUGCUGAAGCAAAAAUUCCGUCAACUCUAUCACAUCAAGUUACGGAAGAUACCAUUGAUAGUCCAUUUUGUAAGAGCAGUCUGUGUUCUCCAUAAUAUUUCUAUCAAGGAUGAACUUCCUGAUGCUAAUUUAAUAGAGACAAUCGAGGCUGAGAAUGCUGCAGUAGCCAUUGGUGAUGAUAAUGAGGAUAUAGAAGAUGAUGGUAGUGCUGUUGCUAUUAGGGACCACAUUGCAGCUAUAUUAUGAAGUGGGACAGCUAAUAAUUUCAUAAAAAUAUGGGUCCACAAAUGCUCCAUUUUUAUGAUAAAUGGUAGCUUUCCAUCUUUCACAGUUUAUUUUACAUUCAUCAAAAAACUGUGGGGGUAUUUGUAUGAAUAUUAAAAACUUGAGCAUCGAAUCUAUUCAAUCACAGGUUUUUGAUAAAUGUAAAAUAGAAAAUUAAAGGUGGAAAACAUUUAACACAUGCACACAUAUGAAUAGAGCAUGACUAGGUCCAUUGUCAUGUGAACUUUUCUUUACAUUUUACAAUAUUUUAUCUGACCUUAAAUGUCUGUCACUACAUUUUGUAACACCUUGUAUAAUAUCAUUUAAAUAGUUUGUGUUAAUUUUAAAGAAACUCAUGUGCAUAAUGAGGUGAAAGUAUUUAUUACUGCUUUGUAAAAUCUAUACAUGUACAUUUCUCUUGUUUUAUGUUGAUAGAUUGUCUUUUAUUGCAGUCUUUCCCCAAAUCACAAAUGUAUUUGUAGUGUUUAGGAUCUAAUAAAUGUGUUGCAUUAUAUGACUAUGUGUAUGAAUCAAG